AUGCCUAGCGAACUCACGCAGAAGCCAAAAGUAACGGACAAAUCCUUCUCCUCCACAGCCGCCUACCUAGAAUACCUCUCCACCACAGUAAUGGAAUCCCACGCCUUAACCGACAUGUCCAUCCUCCGCGACUACCUCGCGCCAGACUUUGAAAUGGUCGAUGAGACGAUCCAUAACUGUCCUGUCCCUCCCUCGUCAAAUUUAGAAGACCACCUGCGGAACACGGCGAUCUUCAAGAAGCAAAAUCCGGGUUGGAGAGUUUUCAUUUGUAAUGUGAAUUGCAGUAUGGUCAAGGGGGCGAACACGGCAGAGGUGUGGAUGACGUGUAGGGGGUGUGAUAAUCCGGAUGAUUCGAUGUUUAAUCGGGAGAGUGUUAGUGUGUUGCAUUGGAGGAGACGGAGGGAGGAUGGCGGGUGGGUUUGUUAUCGGCAUAGUGGGAUUAGAGGUGGGGGGGAUUUCUUCCCGUGA